UUGACAGGGGGCAGGCAGCGGGAGAAGAAGAAGAAGAGGAGGAGGAGGAGGAGAGUGCAUGUACCCAGGGGGGGAAAGAUGCCCAGGUUAAUGUCACCGGUGUAUCCUCUUUCCCACCUGUCCCCAUCAUGAUAAACGCCGCAGGAGCGGUUGCCCGCAGGAUGCCGUCGGUCGCGCGGCGGAGUGGGUGCUGGAUAGCGUGGUGCCAGGCGGUCCUGCUCGCCGCGUCGGCGCUGGUUAUUGUGGCCGAACGGAGGCGCUCAUCAAUGGAGCAAGUGAUAUACUGUAUAGGGUUUUACCUUUGGAAUGAGGAGACACAGUGGGCAGGCCUCACACUUGGCCUCUUUCUACCGGGGACAGCGGUUCAGCUGCUAAGUGUGAAAUGGUACUAUGAUGAUGGUGAUGACAGGCGAUGUUACCUCUCUGUUAUACACAUACUGCACUUGGGCAUCUUCAAAAGGUUAUGGGACUGCAUGAGGUCUGUGCUGCGCAUGCAGGGCUCAGUGGCUGAUCUGGGAGCUGCUGUUAUGCAGCAGGCAGAUGUUGCUGCCCUUUGGCUCCUGGAAGCCCUUGUCCUUACGUUGCCUCAGAGCCUGCUGCAGGCAUAUGUGGUGGUGUCUACCGAUGUGGGCAUCACAUCACCAGUGGCUUAUUGCUGUGGUUUAUGUGUGCUGUCUAUUGCAUGGGCUCUGGUCCUGUACAGCCGAGCCUGCUGUCUGAUACGACCGGGCCACCUUGCCAUGCCUCCAGCCGCCCUGCUGUGUCAGCUGGUGUGGAGGGCUUGCAUGCUGGGUGCCAGGGUGACCUGCCUCACAUUCUUUGCCAGGGUUUUUAAUUGGUGGGUCUGUGGAGUAGCAGGUUUUCACUGGCUCACGGCCUCCUUUUGGCUGGUAUCACAGCAACCAGACAUCUGCACUGGCCCCUGGUGUUGGCGUGCUUUUAACGGCAUCAUGGGUCUCGUCCACGUCUUCCUCUUCCUCAACGUCAAAGAUGGACCCUCGCGCUUCCGCAUGGCCGCUUUUUAUGCAUUCAUGCUUGUAGAGAACGCCACUCUACUGCUGGCCGCCUCUGACUUCCUGAGCGAAGCAUCAUGGGACAGCAUGACCCUUCCCACCACUGUGCUGUGUAGCUUUCUCCUUGGUGCUACCUCUCUUGUCCUAUACUACCGGUUCCUGCACCCUAAGUCCACAGAGAUCUCCCAGGGAACAAACCACAACCACAUGGGCAGUACGUGCAUAGAACAAGGGGAGUCCUCCUUCUCUCUUGGGGACAAAAGUCUGCCACCUCAAUCUAUUCAAAACCAUGGCAGCUUCUCCCUCUCAGGUGUUGCUGGUUCUCUGCUGGAGCACCCGGGCAACUGCGGGGGCAGGCCUAACAGCUCCUGUCCAUGCUACCACCACCACUGGCUCUUGAUCCGCCUGGCUCUUAAAACAGGAGACCUUGGUAAAAUCAACAGGGCAUAUGGGGCUGGGGGAGCAGCAGCCAUACUAGACAUGGAGGAGUACAACCAAGAGUAUAAAAGUAAUGAGGGCAUCACAAUUACAGUUGGAGGAAGCUGUGAGGGUGUCUCCACCUCUGAGUCUCAGGGGAAGGGUCUGGCACCCCUUUCGGACUGCAAAGACGAGUUCCAGAGCGUAAGCGAACCCACAUCGACUGAACAACCGGAAGAAGAUGACAGUCUGGAGAUGGAGAGCCCGAUGGAGUCACCCACAUCGGAUUUCAAACGCAGCUCACCAGAGGGUAAGUCUGUGUUUGGAGACAGCCCGGAGCCCUAUUUCUGUCCUACAGAAUCAAGUUCAACCUUAUACUUCAGCGCUGAUCCCCAGUCUCCAAGCAGUGCCAGUAACCCCCGUUUGGACCGGGACAUUGGGAUGCUGGAACAAGGAGUUCGCCUCAACUCCAUCCCUAGCGAUCCAGCCCUUCACAGAGAUGUCCGUGGACUCAUGGGCCGGGUUGGACCACGCUGCAUUUCCACUCCUAAACUGGACUCAGGAGUGUUGGACUCCCCUUCCAGUGUCCCUCAUCUUAAAGGUCCAAGAAAGCAGCUCAUAAUGUCCCGGAGAGAUGAAGAUGAUAACUUCUAGCUUACUCGUGAGAGAAUCAGGGAACACGUAAAAACGUAUCCAACAUUAGAGGAGUACACCAGCUUUUGAAGAGGCCGCUUUUUCAUCAUCUCAGUGUUGUAGAGUUAGAAAGAUGGCAGUGAUUUCUUCUUUUGUCUAUACAUAUAUAUUGAAUACACUGUGGAGAGUAUGCAACAAUUGUGGAAUAAUCCUCUCAAAGCUUAAAUGAUUUUCUGAAAACAUUCCUUUGCCCAAAAGCUGGACACACAGAGUAAAGCCUUCAGCAGAGCUCUUUUUUUUUUUUUUUGCCACAAGGGUUUUGUGUGUGUGUGUGUGUGUGUGUGUGUGUGUGUGUGUGUGUGUGUGUGGAGCUCAGCCCCACCUUUUACCUGAUGUUCAGCAGACAUUUUCAUUCUUUUGGUGACAGUGAACCUAAGCCUCAAGGAUAAUGACAAUUAUACUGUGCAACAAAAUGAACACUGGUUCUGCAAGACCGAAACUACGUAAUAAGGAUGUAGGCGUUAGUUGUAUCAAUAAACAUCAUUAGAAGUACGCAGAUGUUUUAUGAUCUUAAACAGGAAAUGAUCUCUUUAAUGCACACUGAAACUGCUGUUACUCCAUGUCACUUGCCAGCAGCUACGACAAUAGAGAAAUUAUUCCUGUAUUUUACAGUGGCUGGACUGAAUAAUAACCAUCUCAAUGUAAGCUUAAAAGCACAAAUAUCUUCUGUAUCAUAUGUCUAUUGCUUUUUUUUUUUUCAUUUUAAAAAACUGAAAACAAACUAAAAACAAAUUCUCCCUUCUGAGAAUCCUAAACUGUAUUUUUUUUUUGUAUAAAGUUAACAGGCAUUGCUUUGAGCAGGGCUGGUGUGUCAGCCUCGAAAAACUGUUUUGAUGUCUUGAUUUACAUGUUGACCAUGUAAUUGCAGAAAUGUUUAACUGUUUUUGCAAUUUACAUUUUGUUGGAAAUGAAACACUGUCUCAGGCACUGACGUCUAAAAGCUUUCAAACGUCUGUUGUGUAACAAGGUGAAAUAUGCUAAUGAGAUAUUUGUGGUGAUUUUCUUUUUUUUUUUUUUUAUGUGCUCUUGAUUACUAUUGCCAGGGGGGCAAAUGUACUUUGCUCCUUACUGUUCUGUAAAUCCACUAACAAAGCAGUGAAAUUAUGCUGGGUUUUCUCUUAGGUCCAGGUGACUGCCUAUAUGACAUUUUGAACUGUGAAGUGAAAGGCCACUGGUGGCUCUAAAUAAGCAAUAAAUAACAUGCGUAGGUGAUUGGA